AUGCCUCCCAUUCGCACCUCCCGCAAUCGCAAACCGCCACCCGCUGGCUUCGACGACUUGGAAGAUACCCUGCUGGAGUUCAGCAAUAAGAUGAAAGAUGCGGAGAAUGCAUCACACGAGGGAAAGAAGAAAUACGAGGUUCUCUGGCCUAUUUUCCAGAUCAGUCAUCAGCGCUCCCGAUAUAUCUACGACCUGUAUUACGAAAAAGAGGCCAUCUCCAAACAACUAUACGACUGGCUUUUAAAGAAUAACUACGCCGACGCGAAUCUAAUCGCAAAGUGGAAAAAACAGGGUUAUGAAAAGCUCUGCUGUCUCCGCUGCGUCCAAUCAAAGGAAACAAAUUUCAACGCAACUUGCAUCUGCCGCGUACCAAAGGCCCAACUGAAAGAAGAUCAGUCGAUUCAGUGCGUUAGCUGUGGGUGUCGUGGUUGUGCUAGUAGUGAUUAG